GUUAGUGGGUAAAACGGUCAGUGGGCCUUUAAUAGGUCACAAUAACCGUUUCAUUUCCGUCCUGUUUGUAUUUUUAAAAAAUAAUUAGGAUUUUUUUAGUGCAUUGCCAACUUAACAAUUUAUCGUUAAAGUGAGGUUAAGUUUGUUCGAAAAUGAGGCUGUUUCAGGCUCUUUGUAGGCGUAAACACAUGCCCCCCGGUAAUAUUUGGAUCGGGAAGCACCGUCUAAGCCGGCCUGUGACCAUUCGAGACGUACAAAAGCUCCGAAAUGAGUUUGAGAUUGAAGAGAAAAAUAUGUUCUACUUGAGACACUCAUAUCUGACUCCUGAACAAUCUUACGGUCACGCUAUUGCGUUGGGUAAGCGAGAAGCCAAUUACAUAAAAUUAAUAACAAGUAAGAAAGACUACAAAGACAACAUCACAAUUGAGUCAGUUUUGGGACAUUUGCGACAUAAAGAAGCAUGGGAUUAGUAAGCAUAACAUUUAUUAGACUUCUUAGUUACACAACACUAUAAAACUGUAAAUAAAUCAUUUAGAAAAAUAAAAUACUGUGUGGCUUCAA